AUGGCAGUUCAACUCCAAUUUAUUAUUACUCCAUCAUCACUGCCUAUUAGACUAAAAACAUCUUCUACUACUGCAAAAUCAAGAUCAAGAUCGAGAUCAAGUGCCUGCUACCCCAUCCAAUGUACUGUGGUCCACAGCCCUAGCUCUACUACUACUACUACUACUACUGCUACUACAAUUAUUGAUCGACGAACAGCUAACUAUGAACCCUCAAUUUGGUCUUUUGAUUAUAUUGAAUCUCUCACAAGCGAAUAUAAGGGAGAACCCUAUAUAAGUCGAUUGAAUGAGCUGGAGGGAGAUGUGAAAAGGAUGCUAGUUGAGAUGGAAAACUCUUUACCUCAACUUGAGUUAAUUGAUACAUUGCAGAGACUUGGAUUAUCUUACCGUUUUGAGAGUGAAAUUAACAAUAUUUUGAAGGAAAAGUACACCAAUAUUGAUAAUAUUAUUAAUAAUCCUACUUUUAAUUUGUACACCACUGUUCUCGAAUUUAGGCUUCUGCGCCAACAAGGCCAUGCAGUACCUCAAGAAAUUUUUAGUGUUUUUAAGGACGAGACAGGAAAGUUCAAAGCAUGCUUGAGUGAUGAUAUUAUGGGAGUAAUGGCCUUAUACGAAGCUUCAUUCUAUGAGAAAAAAGAUGAACCUAUUUUGGAGGAAGCUAGGGUUUUCUCAACCGAAUGUCUCAAAAAUUACAUGGUGAUGAUGGAGCAGAACAAUUUAUUAUUGGAUGAUAAUAUGGUAUUAGUGAGUCAUGCCUUGGAGCUCCCACUUCACUGGAGGAUAACAAGGUCAGAAGCUAGGUGGUUCAUUGAUGUGUAUGAGAGAAGAAAAGACAUGAAUUCCACUUUGCUUGAGUUUGCCAAACUGGAUUUCAACAUGGUGCAAUCGAUAUAUCAAGAAGAUCUAAAAGAUUUAUCUAGGUGGGCCAGGCAUUCCAAACUUGGAGAGAAAUUGGAUUUCUUUAGAGAUAGAACGAUGGAGUGUUUCUUAUGGAAUGUGGGAGUAACAUUUGAGCCAGAAUUCAGCUACUUUAGGAGAAUGUCUGCAAGAUUGUAUUAUCUAAUAGCAGUAGUUGAUGAUACAUAUGAUGUUUAUGGAACAUUGGAGGAACUAGAGCUUUUCACCAAUGCCGUUGAGAGAUGGGAUUUGAAAGCCAUGGAUGAUUUACCGGAAUAUAUGCGGAUACCUUUCUUUGUUUUAUACAAUACCAUAAAUGAAACAGCGUUCGAUGUGUUAUUAGAGCAAAAUUUCAUCAACAUUGAGUACCUCAAAAAAUCGUGGGUAGAGUUCUGUAAAUGUCAACUACAAGAGGCAAAAUGGUAUUAUAGUGGAUACAAACCAACCUUGCAAGAAUAUAUUGAGAACACAUGGAUUACAGUAGGAGGACUGGUUCUUCUUGUGCAUGCUUAUUUCUCUUUUAACAAUUCCAUUACAAAAGAAAAUGUGAAAUGCUUGGAACAAUGUUAUCCCAACAUAAUUCUUAGCGCAUGCAAAGUUGUACGAUUAGCGGAUGAUCUAGGAACAUCGUCAGAUGAAAUGAAAAGAGGUGAUGUUCCCAAAUCAAUCCAAUGUUACAUGCAUGAGACAGGUGCUUCUGAAGACGAAGCUCGUGAGCACAUCAAGUUUUUGAUAAAUGAAAUAUGGAAGGAAAUGAAUAACAAUGAAGAUGAAGAUAACUCUAGUUUCUCAAAAGCAUUUGUUCAAGUUUGCAAAAAUCUUGGUAGGACAGCACAAUUCAUUUACCAAUAUGGUGAUGGGUUCGCUUCUCAGAAUACUCUAUCAAAGGAACGUAUUACAAAUUUGAUAAUUAAUCAUAUUCCCUUAUGAUCGAUUUGAA